ACCAAAAAAAAUCGCCCAGCUAUAAACCCGUUGUUUUAUUUUUUUUCUCAAAAAGUUUCUUCAACUGUUAAACGGAGAGAGAGAGAGAGAGAGAGAGGAUUUUGAACGGAAUGUUUAACGCCGGAGAUGGACGAAACCGCUGCGACGACGAAGCCUGACUGGCCUACCAAGGCGGCUGAUGCUGCCGACGGAGAGACGGCCGAAGUUUCCGGUGAUGAAGAGGAAGACAAAGGAGAGUGUGACCGCGAGGCAUGGGACACGCUGAGCCGGAGCUUCCUGCAGGCGCAAACUGUGCUGGACGAGAACCGCACGCUGAUUCAGAAGGUUAACAGCAACCAUGAGUCGAAGAUCCCUCAUAACAUGGCGAAGAACGUUGGUCUUAUCCGUCAGAUCAACGGAAACAUCUCGAAGGUUCUAUCCAUCUACUCCGAUAUGUCUACAAGCUUCUCUGGAAUUGUUCGCCAGCGCCGCGCUGCGUCCGCCGUCUCUGCCAUCACCGUGAGCGGCAAGAACCGCGGCAGCGACGAGGACGAAGAUGAAGAAAGCAGUGAGAUUGACUCGGAAAAGCUCGUGCAGGAGAAACCGGAGAUUGUUGAAUUGAUGAUGGCUGAGAGUUCAUCCAUACUACCUUCCUUAACCACGUGCUGAUAUAAGAGGUACUUUUGAUGUAUUGAUUUAAUUUUGCAUGUUCAUGGUUUCUUUGUGUUUCAAUGGAGGCCCUUCUAGAUAGGUGAAGAAGAGAGAUACAAGGAUUGAACCUGUAACAUUAUUGAGCUCAUCAUGGAGAAGAUGAUCAUGGCCGGUCCACCCUGUUUGAGUUUAUGUCUCUUUGGCUCAUGGGUUGUUUAGUUAUUUAAUUUACUUAUUUUGUUAUUGCUGUUGUUUGCGUUUUUUAAAUUUUGAUCAUGAGUUGAUAUACUACGGUCAAGUUAACUGGUUAUUUGAUUCCAUAUGAGAUUCUGGUAAUUGGAGUAGAGGCUUUAGAGAGUAUAUUUAAAGGUGGUUGCUCCAAGAAGAUUCAUGCAAAGAUAUUUUAUUUUGAUUAUUGGAUAAUAAGUCGUAGUUCU